CUUCUCCCCUCCCCCUCCAGCCCGCACCUAGUGCCCGGGCCGGUGGUUCGGCGCGGCGCGCUGCGAGAGCUGGCGGUCACCAUGGCAAUGCGGGAGCUGGUGGAGGCCGAAUGCGGGGGUGCCAACCCGCUCAUGAAGUUGGCCGGGCACUUCACCCAGGACAAGGCCCUUCGGCAAGAGGGAUUGAGGCCUGGCCCCUGGCCCCCGGGAACCCCAGCCUCUGAGGCGGUCUCCAAGCCUUUGGGAGUAGCAUCUGAAGAUGAGUUGGUGGCCGAAUUCCUGCAGGACCAGAAUGCACCACUUGUAUCCCGCGCCCCUCAGACCUUCAAGAUGGAUGACCUCCUGGCGGAGAUGCAGGAGAUUGAACAGUCAAACUUCCGCCAGGCUCCCCAGAGAGCCCCUGGUGUGGCAGACUUGGCCUUGUCUGAGAAUUGGGCCCAGGAGUUUCUUGCAGCUGGAGAUGCUGUGGAUGUGACUCAGGAUUAUAAUGAGACCGACUGGUCCCAAGAAUUCAUCUCUGAAGUUACAGACCCCUUGUCUGUGUCCCCUGCCCGCUGGGCUGAGGAAUAUCUGGAACAGUCAGAGGAGAAGCUGUGGCUGGGAGAGCCUGAGGGAACAGCCAUCACUGAUCGCUGGAAUGAUGAAUAUCAUCCUGAGGAGGAUCUGCAGCAUACGGCGAGUGACUUUGUGGCUAAGGUGGAUGACCCCAAAUUGGCCAGCUCUGAGUUCCUGAAAUUCGUGCGGCAGAUUGGCGAGGGGCAGGUGUCCUUGGAGUCCGGUGCAGGGUCGGGCCGAGCUCAGGCAGAACAGUGGGCAGCAGAGUUUAUACAGCAGCAGGGUACAUCAGAUGCCUGGGUUGACCAGUUCACAAGACCAGUAAACACAUCUGCCCUUGAUAUGGAAUUUGAACGAGCCAAGUCAGCUAUAGAGUCUGAUGUCGAUUUCUGGGACAAGUUGCAGGCAGAGUUGGAAGAGAUGGCAAAGCGGGAUGCUGAGGCUCACCCCUGGCUUUCUGACUACGAUGACCUCACGUCUGCUUCCUAUGAUAAGGGGUACCAGUUUGAGGAAGAGAACCCCUUGCGUGAUCACCCUCAGCCUUUCGAAGAAGGGCUACGGCGACUUCAGGAAGGGGACCUGCCCAAUGCUGUGCUGCUUUUUGAGGCGGCUGUGCAGCAGGAUCCUAAGCACAUGGAAGCUUGGCAGUAUCUGGGUACCACCCAGGCAGAGAAUGAACAAGAACUGUUAGCCAUCAGUGCGCUGCGGAGGUGUCUGGAGCUAAAGCCAGAUAAUCGGACAGCACUGAUGGCUCUGGCUGUAAGCUUCACGAAUGAGUCCCUGCAACGACAGGCCUGUGAAACCCUGCGAGACUGGCUGCGCUACACACCAGCCUAUGCCCAUCUGGUGGCACCUGGUGAAGAAGGGGCUGGUGGGGCAGGACUAGGUCCCAGCAAGCGUAUCCUGGGAUCUCUGUUGUCUGAUUCCCUGUUUCUUGAAGUGAAAGAGCUCUUCCUGGCCGCUGUGCGCCUGGACCCUACAUCCAUUGACCCUGAUGUGCAGUGUGGCUUGGGAGUCCUUUUCAACCUGAGUGGGGAGUAUGAUAAGGCUGUGGACUGUUUCACAGCUGCCCUCAGUGUUCAUCCCAAUGACUAUUUGCUGUGGAACAAGCUAGGGGCCACCCUGGCCAAUGGAAACCAGAGUGAGGAAGCCGUAGCUGCGUACCGCAGGGCCCUAGAGCUACAGCCUGGCUACAUCCGGUCCCGCUAUAAUUUGGGCAUCAGCUGCAUCAACCUUGGGGCUCACCGGGAGGCUGUGGAGCACUUUCUGGAGGCCCUGAACAUGCAGAGGAAAAGCCGGGGCCCUCAGGGCGAAGGGGGUGCCAUGUCGGAGAACAUCUGGAGCACCCUGCGCCUGGCGUUGUCUAUGUUAGGCCAGAGUGAUGCCUAUGGGGCAGCUGACGCCCGGGAUCUGUCCACCCUCCUAGCUAUGUUUGGCCUGCCCCAGUGACAGUGGGAUGCGAUGCACUGUGAGUGUCUGCCCGAGGGGUCCCCACUCAGGAUGUGACUCCCUCUCCCCAGAUGGACCUACCAAGGGGGUGGGCUGAUGACCAUAAGCGGUACAGCCUUUCGGGAGCUCCCUCAUUGUAGGGGUGGGUGGUCUGUGUUCUAGAUCCUACAUAAUUGUAGGAAAAUGAGCUGUGCUGUCUGAGUCCCUGGUAAUUCAAGGGCUUGUACAUCCAGUUACAGAUCUCUGCUCAUCAUGCCCUUUCUUGGUGCUGCUUUUUGGGUAGGGCCUAACAACAUAGGGUAACUGUUGUUAUCAGCUGCCAUUUCUGAUUGGGUCUACCACAUGUGUAAUGUCUGUCCUUUCCCCCACGUUUACUAGGAAUUGGUAAUAGUCCAGCUUCCUCGGGUAGCUGUGUUUAAAAGGAGGUUCUCCUACUGUGCACCUCUCAUGACGACUGUCCCUGGGGUGGUUUGUGUUAGGAGUUGGCCUGUUUGAAAUGUUGGUUUGGCUCAGCAGAACUGAAUUUUAGUAGGGUGCUCACAAUGCUGUCGUUCUUGGACCCCUCCUGGCUGUGGGCUCAGAUUCCCUGUGCAUACGAUGCUGAUUCACUAGUGCUGGUAUCAUUAUCAUAGGAGUCCUCAGGGGCUGCCAGGGUCAGUUGCUUGAGAGAGUGUUGGGGGUGGGGUAGGAGGAAGGCUCAUUUGUGAAGUGAGCCUGGCGGGGCUAGAUGGAUCAGAUCAAGGGCUCUGAAUUCGGGCCUUUGGUGGGAGCACAAAGCAAGUGGGAUGAGGGGUGUGGUGAGUGCAGCAGUCCCUCCCCCUCUUAGAAAGGCCUGAGACUAGGAAUUGAGCUAACUCUUCUAGAAAAUCGAUUCAGUAGUUGCAAUCUUGCCAAAUUCCUAGCAAAGAGGGGGUUCAGUGUUACCAUAAGCCUUUGCUGUACUUCUCCAAAUGUUUCUAGGGGACAGUGUUGAGAAACCCCUUCCCCCGUAUUACCUCCACAAGGUGAAGAUUGCAGGAAGGUGAGGGAGCAGCUUGGAUUCUUCACUGUCCCCUGUGUGGGGAGAUACACUAACCCCCAGAGAUGACAGCUAAGCCUCUUGCCUUGUCUUUAGUAGCUAAUGAUCAGAGUGUUUUGUUUUUUUUUAAAACUACAUGGUCCCAAGAUUCCAUCCUGAAAUUUAUUUUUCUUUGUAUGAGUAUGUGUAAAUGAUUUAAAAAUGAAACUGUAAAAUAUUUGUGUGAAGAAUAAAUUGAACUGAUGUGGGUAUGA